AUGCGCAACAUGUGUUGCUUCUCCAAUACGACCUUUCGGUUCUUUUAAAUAGACCUCUUAAUGGAUCAGCUUAAAUCAUCAUUCCAUCACGAGUACUUAGCCAUUGUUCUUUCAAACUCGAGUGCUUUUCUUCAGAGGUUUGAUUUUUACAAAUGGAUUCUAUUUCAGGCGAAGUAAAAUAUGAGUGCUUGCUCUUUGACAUGGAUGAUACCUUGUAUCCGUCGAGCUCAGGCAUCAACUUAGCUUGCAGGAAGAAUAUACAAGACUACAUGUUGCAUCAUCUUCGAAUCGAAAAAAGCCAAGUUCCACGCAUGUGCUUGGAUUUGUAUAAAGAGUAUGGAACAACGAUGGCCGGUCUAAAGGCACUCGGUUUUGAGUUUGACAAUGAUGAAUUCCAUGCUUAUGUUCAUGGAAAACUGCCAUAUGGAAUUUUAAAACCUGAUCCAUUUUUAAGGGGGCUACUCCUUUCAAUGCCACAAAGAAAAAUAAUAUUCACAAAUGCUGAUAAAGCCCAUGCAGCAGAAGUCCUCAAAAGACUGGGCUUGGAAGAUUGUUUUGAGGGUGUCAUAUGCUUCGAAACACUGAAUCCACCAGUUCUACCCAGCGAUAGCGAUGAAAAGAUCGAUAUCAAUCGCUCAGAUGAGUUUGAAGAUCACAUACUGAUUCAAGCAAAACAAUCCAAAGGUGAAUCAGAUACUGAUUCAAGCAAAAGUGAAUCGGAUACUGGUUCAAGCAAAGCAGAUGGCUCAAAAGCCGGGUCACCACGUAUUCUUUGUAAACCUUCCAUUGAAGCCAUCAAAACAGCUAUUCAGAUUGCAAAUAUUGAUCCUCAGAAAACAAUCUUUUUUGAUGAUAGUGCUCGAAAUAUAGCAGCGGGAAAGGCAGCAGGCCUUACCACCGUCAUCGUUGGGAGCUCGGAGCUGGUUUCAGGGGCAGACCAUGCCCUCAAUAGCAUCCACAACAUCAAGGAAGCACUUCCUGAGAUAUGGAAAGGCUGGGAUCCGUUGGAACCGGUCCUUCCAUCCACUGCAGUUGAAACAGUAGUCCUCGCUUAGCACUUCAUUAUGAGAAGACCUACCUACAAAGAUAUCAAACUAAAGGGAUUGUAAUAUGUAUCAGUUAAGGAAAUGAAGAGAAAACAUGCUGCUAUAGAACUUCAUGACUAAUAUAUCUUCGAUGUUUC